GUUACCAGGUUCAACUUCUUAACGGUCGCUGACUUUGAUGGUGGGUGUGACGACAGUACCGGCAGCGAGGAGUAGCAUAGCACCUAUGUGAUACAACAAGGUGGUUUUCUAUGCACUUUGGACAGCCAUAACUUUCAUCUAGUUACUCCCAAGAGGUCGGAGAUAGUAAAACCAAACAAUAUCUAAUACGAAGUAUAUAUGUAGUAGUACAAAUAAGUUUAAAGUUACUUAGGUUUAGCUAACUAUAUGCAUAUUAUAACUCUACUCUAUCUACUCCAUAGCCACCCCUUUUCCACCCAGCACGCAAUAAGAAACAAAUAUUCCUAUGUAGUAGAUCUGCUUCUUAGUAAUUACAAACCCUCCUCUUGUCAUGUAAACUUGGGUAUAACAAAUUCCUCAACGGCCUCGCAGAAAUGGAUAACUCAAUUAAAUCAAUUGAUACAAAUACAUCAUACUAACAAGAUAUACCACUAUACCGGGGCUCUUUCCCUACCUAGUGCUACUACAACAGUGAAAAAAAACAAGUCACGAUUUCAAAAACCGAUGGAUAGAAUAUCAAACCAAGACUCGAUGCAGCCACCACGCACGCGACCAUGACAACAACCUCUCAGCUGGCGACCAUCCUGCCAAAAUUCAAGAACAAGCAUCUUUCCCAUAUAGCCUUCCUGUGCGGGCUCAGGGUGACCGGGAAGAAAUCCGAGCUUGUCGAACGGCUUGUAGCUGCCGCUGCUACUACCACUGCUACCGUUAAGCCGCAGAAGUCAGCAAAGCAAAGCAAUGACAACAAAAAACCGCCCUUGAUCCUAAGCAUCGACCUCGGGAUCCGCAACCUCGGCUUCAGCCUCCUCACACCCGUGACCACAAAAAUCCCAACCACCACCACCCUUCCCCUCACAGCUGCAAAUAUCCGCGCCCCGCCCCGCGUCCGCCUGCACGCCUGGCAGCGGCGGCCCCUCCUCCUCCCCGCCGACAUUGCCGCCAUCUCCGACCCCAACCCUGACCCAAACAACACCGACACUGCCCCAGCGGUACUAACCCCAGACCCCGAACCCUACAGCCCCGCCUCCCUCGCCAUAGCCGCGGACCGACUAACCCGCCGGGAUGUGCUCCCCCUGAAACCCACACACGUGCUGAUCGAGCGGCAGCGCUGGCGCAGCGCGGGCGGCUCCUCGGUGCAAGAGUGGACGCUGCGCGUGAACACGCUCGAGGCGAUGCUGCACGCGUCGCUGCGCACCCUGCGCGAGCUGCACUACUGGGACGGCGAGAUCAUCUCCGUCGCGCCGGAGCGCGUCACGCGGUUCUGGCCGGCGCCUGCUGUGCCGGUCGUUGCUGCGGUGGCGAAGAAGGAGGCGAAGGGGAAGAAGAGCCGCAAGGAUGUAGCGGUCGUAGUCGACGAGGACGGGCAGGAGAUCGAGGUGGAAGUCGACGUAGACGCAGACGCAGACGCAGCAGCACCAGCGGGCAAGACGCGAAUAAACAGCAAGAAGCACAAGAUCGGCGUGCUGACGGGAUGGCUGCGCCAGGGGCGCGCAAGCGAGAAUGAGAUCGUGGUGCCCGCGAACCCCGACACGCAGAGCGCGGUCGAGCAGUUCCGCGGGAAGCUGUCGCGCGUGCGCCGGUCCAAGGCAGCAGCCGAUGAUGAGACGGCGGUGGUGCGCGAUGCCGGGUCCCGGAAGAUAGACGACCUGACGGAUAGCCUGCUGCAGGGGGUGGCGUGGCUGAAGUGGGAGGAGAACAAGAAGCGGCUGCUUACGGAGGAGGGGCUGCUGCAGCUUCUGGGGACCAAGAUUCUGGACGAGCAAGUGCUUGAUGAUGUAUGAGGAUAGGGAUAAGGAUAUAAAACGCUCUAUUUGCAAUUGUACAAAAAUACGGAUCUGAGAUACCCCAGGUAUAUUUUCAAAAACAAGGCCCGAACAGAUGGCAUUUGGUCCUCGUAAGGAACUGCUACUACUACUACCACUACCACCUAUCAUGCGACUCUUGACUAUUCACUUUCGAGUCCUUGGGAUCGGGGGGUAUAACCAACACAGAAACCAUUCAACACAUCAAUCAAUCAUCGUCUCCCCCUCACUCAAC